AUGGCCUUCUCGCAGGUGCAGUGCCUGGACGACAACCACGUGAACUGGCGCUCCAGCGAGUCCAAGCCCGAGUUUUUCUACAGCGAGGAGCAGCGCCUGGCGCUGGAGGCCCUCGCGGCGCGCGGCCCCGACGCCUUCUACGAGGUGCUGAAGCGGGAGAACAUCCGCGACUUCCUCUCCGAGCUGGAGCUCCGGCGCAUCCAGGACACCAUCGAGGUGUACGACCCCGGCUCCGAGGGCCCGCGGGGAGGCGGCGGCCUCCGAGAGCCCGACGAUGCCGGCGGGGAGGCCGAGGCGGCCAGCGGGGCGGGCGGCGGCGGCGCGCCCACCGAGACCGAGCCGCUGCCCUCCCUGGAGUACUGGCCGCAGAAGUCGGACCGCUCCAUCCCCCAGCUGGACCUGGGCUGGCCAGACACCAUCGCCUACCGCGGCGUGACGCGGGCCAGUGUCUACAUGCAGCCCCCCAUCGACGGGCAGGCCCACAUCAAGGAGGUCGUGCGCAAGAUGAUCAGCCAGGCUCAGAAGGUGAUUGCUGUAGUCAUGGACAUGUUUACUGACGUGGACAUCUUCAAGGACCUGCUGGACGCCGGCUUCAAGAGGAAGGUGGCCGUGUACAUCAUCGUGGACGAGGGCAGCGUCAAGUACUUCCUGCACAUGUGCGAGCGGGCGCGCAUGCACCCCGGGCACCUCAGGAACCUCAGAGUGCGGAGCAGCGGGGGAGCCGAGUUCUUCACCCGCUCAGCCACCAAGUUCAAGGGGGCACUAGCCCAGAAGUUCAUGUUCGUGGACGGAGACCGGGCCAUGUGUGGCUCUUACAGCUUCACGUGGUCAGCCGCCAGAACGGACCGGAACGUGAUCUCGGUGCUGUCUGGCCAGGUGGUGGAGGUGUUCGACCGGCAGUUCCAGGAGUUAUACCUCACCUCGUGUGGCGUCAGCCUGCAGGGCAUCCCCAUGGAGAAGGAGCCCGAGCCGGAGCCCAUUGUGCUGCCCCCCGUGAUGCCUCUGGUGCCUACGGGCACCGUGGCCAAGAAACUUGUCAACCCCAAGUACGCACUGGUCAAGGCCAAGAGCGCCGAUGAGCUCGCCAAGACGUGCACUGAGAAACCCGAGGCUCAGAGGCUCCCAGGGCUGCGGGCCCCAGCCCUGGCGGAGCGGCCCACUGACCUCCCUGAUCUGCCCCUGCCCUUGCAUCCCGGGCUGCUGAACCUGGAGCGGGCCAACAUGUUUGAGUACCUGCCCACAUGGGUGGAACCGGACCCCGAGCCGGGCAGUGACAUCCUGGGCUAUAUCAAUAUCAUUGACCCCAACAUCUGGAACCCGCAGCCCAGCCAGAUGAACCGCAUCAAGAUCCGGGACACGUCCCAUGCCAGUGCCCAGCACCAGCUGUGGAGGCAGAGCCAGGGCUUGAGCUCCAGCCCGGGACCCAGCCCAGAGCCCCAGGAUGGGGCCCCCACCUCCAAUGGCCUCCCCCAGGGGGACUCUGAAUUAAAGCCCCCUGUGCCCAAGCCCCGAACAGUCCCCGUGGCAGACCUACUUGCCCAGGAGGGUGGUGAUUUUGACUGGGCCCCAGACACCCCGGACAAGGAGGUCCCUCAGAACGGGACUGACCAUGGGCUGCCCCAGGCAGCAGGCUCAGGCCGGGCCCCACUUCAGCGGCAGCUGUCCAUGACUCAGGAUGACCCUGAUGGCCUGAACCCAGGGAUCCCCAAUGGGCUGGAUGGGGAGGAAGAGGAAGACGAUGAUGACUAUGUGACCCUCAGCGACCAGGACAGCCUCUCGGGCAGCUCCAGCCACGGCCCUGGCCCCCGGCGGCCCUCGGCAGCCUCUUCUGUGUCCGACGAGUAUUUUGAGGUGAAGGAGCGCCCAGCCCCUCUCCGGAGGCGCCACUCAGAGCAGGUGGCCAAUGGAGCAGCCCCGAGCCCUCGCCGACAGCUAAGUGCCCCCCAUGGGAGCCCAGGGACCUUUGGUGGGCCCAUGGGGGGCUCCCCCUGGGCCCGGAGUCGAGCAAGAGAAGCAGCAGAUGCCUCGAGAAGGAUGCAAGCCCAGAUGUCACCAGACAAGAACAUACAGGGUCAACAGCUCCACCACUUUGGUUCCCCUGCGUCAGGGACCAGGGAUAAGGCUGGCUUCAGGCCCCAGCAGUACCACCCUGCAGCUGACAAUGCCCAGAGCUCCCCCAGGAGAGCAGGCCCCCACCAAUGGCAAGCCAAGAGGAGCCCAGGACCCCGCACCCUGCCGGAUCCCGGGAACCCAAGACCGACGCGGAAUCCUGGCCCGCUGGCCGAUGGCAGGGCCACCAAGGAACAUUCAAGUCCCUUUGGAAUUCCCUACUCCAAAUUGUCCCAAUCCAAGCACCUCAAAGCCAGGACGGGAGGUGGUCAGUGGGCUGCAUCUGACUCCAAACGGAGGACCCAGGACCCCAGGGACCCCACGGACCCCUAGCUGCCGCCCCCAGCCAGACCCAUGCCUUCUGCACCCUGGUCUCCAUCCAGCUUUGGGUGAUACAGUGUUUGCAGAGCCAUGGUGCAGGGCCUUGUGACCUACCAGCCACAAGGACCCACCCAGGCGUGCCCAGCUGCAAGGGUGGGUGGCCUCCACGGACACUUGCCUGGUCUGUGCACCAGUACCAGGUGGCCAUGAUGGUCAGGCCGAAGGUCAUCCCGGUCCACGGGAGGUCGGCCGUGGCGGGGUCUCGGAACAUGUGCAUGGCGUCCAAGCGUGGCAGGUGGCAGGUCGUGUUGGGGAUGGUCUUGGCUGGGAUGGCCUGAGCGUAGGCCGCUUCCAGUUGGUCAUACCCGCCGAUCUGGUUGAAGGCUAGAAGGGUUGGGUGGCAAAGUGGACAGCUUGGGGUCGGGGGGGCCCUGCCUCCUCAGGCUGUCCCCCACUGCCCUGCGCUCACAGGGAGCUUCCUGAGGCAGCAAACUUGAAUUUCCCCCUUCACCUCCAUCUUCCCCAGUUGAAUUUAAUGACUAUUUUAUUUGUAUUUAAAUAAGACUAUUAAAUGAGCAUUUUGCACAUGGCACCCCAGGGUUCUGGUGCCUGUAAGAAUCAGCCUCAGGGCAGGGUUUGAACUGUCAGUUUGAGGAAGCAAAAGGGUUUUUCCUUGGCAUUCAAGGACCUCCCUGGGGAAUAUCAAGUGUUAAAGUCCAGGGGCUUC